UAAAUAGGUUUGGCAUUGGCCAUCAGAGUCACUCUGCCUUCACCAUGAAGUCCAGCAGCCUCUUCCCCAUCGUGGUGCUUCUUGCCCUGGGAACCCUGGCACCUUGGGCUGUGGAAGGCACUAGAAAGUCCUUCAAAGCUGGAGUCUGUCCUCCUAGGAAAUCUGCCCAGUGCCUUAGAUUCGAGAAAGCUGAGUGCCAGAGUGACUGGCAGUGUCCAGAGAAGAAGAGAUGUUGUCCUGACGUUUGUGGCAUAAAGUGCCUGGAUCCCGUUGAUACCCCAAACCCAAGAAAGAGAAAGGCUGGGAAGUGUCCAGCGGUUUAUGGCCAAUGUAUGAUGAUUAACCCCCCCAAUCACUGUGAGUCGGAUGGCCAGUGCGAGCGUGACUUGAAGUGCUGCAUGGGCAUGUGUGGGAAAACCUGUGUUUCACCUUUGAAAGCUUGAUUCCUGACAUUUGGAAGAGGCUCUGGAGUCCUGCUUGGUGUGGUCUGGGAAUUCCUUUUCCACCCCCAGGCUUGGAUGGCUGGGCACUUGAGAAUUUGGUGCCACCACUGAUAUCCUCCUUUGGGGAAAGGCUUGACACACAGCAAGCUUUCAAGAAGUGCCAGUUGAUCAAGGAAUAAAUAAACAAGCCUAUUUCUCUUUGUA